AUGCCUCACGACUCUGCUGCAGCAGCGCCGCGCGAUGCCGCAGCGGGGGCCCCCGCUGCGGCUGCUGCUGCUGCUGCUGCUGCUGCUGCUGAUGCUUUUAAAGCUGCGGCCGCUCCGCUCGCAGGAGCAGCGCAGCCCAUUGCAGCAGCAGUACCAACAGCUGCAGCACCGGCUGCAGCAGCACCUGAAGCAGCAGUAGAUGCUUCCAUUCCAGCAGCAGCAGCAGCUUCCGCAGCAGCAGCAGCAGCAGCUACGCGGCCAACGGAGGGGCAGCCUCUGCUGCUUGGGGUGCAUGCAGAGCCCAGUGCCCACAUCUUAGCAGCGGCUCCAGCUGUUCCUGCUGCAGCAGCUCCUGCUGUUCCUGCUGCAGCAGCUCCUGCUGUUCCUGCUGCAGCAGCUCCUGCAGCAGCAGCUCCUGCAGCAGCCCCAACUGUAGCAGCACCAGCUGCAGCAGUACCUGCUGCAGCAGUACCAGCUGCAGCAGUACCUGCUGCAGCAGUACCUGCUGCAGCAGUACCGAGUGCAGCGGCGCCAGUUGCAGCAGCACCAGCUGUGACAGCAGCAACUCCAGCAGCGCCAGCUGCAGCAGCACCAGUUGCAGCAGCACCAGUUGCAGCAGCACCAGUUGCAGCAACACCAGUUGCAGCAGCACCAGUUGCAGCAGCACCAGUUGCAGCAGCAUCACCUACAGGGGCAGCAUGCGCGGCAGCACCAAGUGCCGCAGCACCGGGCGCAGGAGCAGCAGCAGCAGGGGCUGCAGGGUUUGCAGCCCCAGCAGCAGGGGGGCCUGCAGCAACAGCAGCAGCAGCAGCAGCAGAACUGAGUCAGCGUUUUGCUCUGUUUGGUGCUGCAGUUGCUUCAGCCCAGAGGGGCCUCCAGGGCCUCUUUGCUUUCGACAGCAGCAGCGGCGAGAAGG